AGUUGGAAAUUGUAACUUCUCUCCCUGUCCAAAAAAAAAAUUUGUAACUUCUCUCUCAUGUCUCUAUCUUUCCACAGUAUUUACUGCCCAUUUAGUCAUCUCACAUCCUAUCUUUCAGAAAACCCAACAUCCUAUUUUUAAUUACAUGCAUGUAUGUGGAUGGAUGAUGCCAACACCAAACACCAAUAUCAUUUAAAUCUAUCAUUAAACACCCAUUUUGACAGUUUUCAGUGUCCAAUUUUCAUUUAAUCAUUUUCAAAGUUGGAGUUUUCAAUUUUAAAUUUCUCCUGAUCUAAGUUGGAGAGAGAGAGAGAGAGAGAGAGAGAGAGAGAGAGAGAGAGAGUUGAGGUGUGUAUCCAUCAAAUGGGUUCAAAUUAAUUUAACCUUUUUCAUACCUCAGUCAUACGUAUUUGUUGCGUUUUCACUCUUUGUUUUUGUUUUUACCUUUGUUGUUCUGGAUUCUGCUUGCUGGUGGCAGCAGAUGGGUUUCAUUUUGUAGCUUUCCUCUCUCUAUCUCUCUCUCUCUCUCUCUUUUGCCCUGCGUCUCUGGCGGAUAACCCGGUGAGUAGUUGCAUGAUCCAAAUCCUGGAAACUAACAAAGCCCACUCCUUUAGGGCGUAUAAUCAGUGCAGACUAGAUGGAAGUGGGAACUGAUUUUCGGCAUUGGGACGAAUUAAUACCAGAUGCAUUGGGUCUGAUUUUCAGCAACCUUACUCUCCAGGAUAUACUAACAGUGAUCCCAAGGGUUUGCCAAUCCUGGAGCAAGGUAGCGAUGGGGCCUUACUGUUGGCAAGAGAUAGACAUUGAGGAAUGGAGUAAUAGAUGCCAGCCUCAGCACCUUGAUCGUAUGCUUCAAAUGCUGAUUGCAAGAAGUUGUGGAUCGCUCCGAAAGCUCUGUGUUUCUGGCCUCCAAAAUGACAUGAUGUUCUCCUACAUCACUGAACAUGCUGGUUCUCUUCAGACCUUGAGACUGCCAAGAAGUGAAAUAGGUGAUUCAAUAGUAGAACAGACAGCUGGAAGGCUUUCUACUAUCACUUUCUUGGAUCUUAGCUACUGUGGCAAAAUUGGUUCUCGGGCUUUAGAGGCAAUCGGAAAGAACUGUAAAUUGCUCGUGGGGUUGUGCCGGAACAUGCACCCAUUGGAUACAGCAGGCAAGCCUUUGAUGGAUGAGGAGGCUCAUGCCAUUGCCACCACAAUGCCUAGGCUGAAGCACCUUGAGAUGGCAUACCAUCUUAUCAGCACAAAAAGCGCUCUUCAAAUACUCUCAAACUGCACUGAGCUCGAGUUUUUGGAUUUGAGAGGGUGUUGGGAUGUUCAACUUGAGGACAAGUUCCUCAAGGAAAAGUACCCAAAAUUGAAGGUUUUAGGGCCUCUUAUUCUGGACUACUAUGAGAGGAAUGAGUGGGAAGAUUGCUCCGAUUUCUCAGAUGCUUCUGAGUAUUUGGCCUGGGAAUUUGUGGCUGGUGAAUUGGAGGAUUACUAUGAUGAUGAUGAUGAUGUGAGUUAUGAUGGAAUGUGGGAUGAUGAGGGAAGGCUGGAGGAGCUUGAGCUGAGGUUCUAUGAAGGAAUUGAUCAGAAUGGGGAUGCAGUGUAUGGAGGGCAUGGUUGGCCUCCAUCUCCUUAAUAAAGUUGUGUUUUUUCUAAUUUUUCAAACUGUUUGCUUUCUCUGUUUUCUAGCAUUUCCUUGAUGCUUCUGUGUUGAACUUACUAUAUCUUUUUAUGGAUAUAUAUAUAAUCUGUUAAUGGAAAAUGAAAAAGCAUGGUUUGUUUAGUCUCCU